AGACAUUCUGUGGCUUGAGUUGCUUGACUGCGUGUCACGUUUGUUCUUUGGCAUAAAUGCGUUUGAUUUUGCUUUGACAAAUUAAUUUGAUGUACGUUAACGCAAUUUAAAAUGUAAUUGAACUCUGAAGUGUAAUGAAUAGUGUUUUGCAUACAACGUACAUUAGUUAAAAUAACAGUAUUUUUUCAUAAUAUGUACUGUGCGACCGUGAAGGUUGAGUAUGUUACGUCAUUUGGUUUUUAAUGUGUGAUAUACAAUAAUUUAUUUUGCUGUUGUAGUGAAAAGUGAUAUUCUUGAGCGAAACUGUCGCCAAUUGUGGAGUGUGUCUGCGAGUGUAUUAUUGUUAUCGAUGGAUCCGUUCUUUACCGGCUGCGAUGAGAUGCCGCCAUGUUAUUUAGUUUGGCUGUCAACCACUGAUCGUUGUUAGUCUACACUUCAACAUUUUUUGCCAUAGCAUUGAAAACAUUGUGUAAAAAGUGGGGAACAACGCACAGAGCCUAAGAAACGCCACGGAUCGCCAAACCUCGGAACGCCCUGGCGCGCAUCUCUUCAAUGAACCAUUUAUGCCAGUUCUGGACUUUGAAGAUGCAAGAGUCGAUUCCUGUGACCUCCAACUGGGAGACACAUGGAGGGGGAUGCAAGGCAAGAUGAGCGUGACAGCGCCGGUUAAGAAGAUAAAGAGAAAGUCAGACAGUAAACCACAGUCGCAAGUAAAUAAGUGUAUCAACGAGAAACGGCGUCGGGAGCUCGAAAACGAGACCAUAAAUCAGUUGGAAGAGCUCCUGGGCACGUGUCUGGCGGAGGUGAAGCAGCCCGACAAGAACGGCAUCGUUCGCGAGGCCACUCGGCAGAUCCAGGAGGUGCUGAACCGGCGCCGCGAGUGCCCCGGCGAGUGUCCGUUGCGCGCGCGCCUCGAGCCCGUGCAGGCGGGGGAGGUCAGCUCCACGCAGCCGCAGCCGCCGCCUCCAGGACACCAUUACUCUGAGACCACUACACUUAUUGAGGCCCUAAAGCACUACACGAGCAGUCUUGGUUGGGUUUUACUGGAAAUUAAUUCAGAAGGCAAAAUCGUUUGUGUAACCGAGAAUAUUAAAGACUUCAUUCGGCAGGACAGAACAGAGUUAUACAAAAAGUCAAUCUUCUCAUUGUUGCAUGCCAGGGAUCAUGCAAAAAUAAAGCCCUUGUUGAAGAAUAUACAAAGUUUCGGCUGGUCCGCAGGAGACACCGACAAGUUUCAAGCUAUUCAAGCCCGACUCGCCAUCCACAAUUCGAAUGGGACAGACGACGCUGAAUACGUGGAGGCAGUGAUCCACGCGGCGCCGGUGCGCGGCUCGCCGGCGGAGCAGGCCGGCUCCGUCAUGUGCGUCAUCCGGCGCUGCGAGGACGCGUCGGCCCUGCUCCCCGCGCCCCUGCCCACCGACGGCCCGCCCAGCCGAGCCGACAUCCAUAACGACCAGAUCGUCUUCAGAUUGGACUCCAAUUUGGUUAUCUUAACUUGUGAUUUAAGUGGUGUGGAAGACUUAGUCGGUACACGUUAUUUAGAACUUGUUGAUCAAAGUGAUCGCGUUCGCGUCGCCGCGCAUUUAAAGGGAGCCCCGGGGCUGUCUGCGCCGCCCUCGAUCAGCGACCCCUUCCGGCUGCGACUUCACGAGCGCCGGCUGCGGGUCAUCGCGCAGACGCGCAUCUUCCGCGCCGACGCCGCCUCCGACGACCACGACUUCAUCAUGUCCACGCACACCGUGCUCGACGACGACGCGCCGCUCGACGCGGGCUCCGCGCCCUCCGGCGCCGGCGGGCCGUUGCUGCCCUCGGCGCCCAACGGCGAGGCCUACCGGCCGAGCAUGAGCCCCGCCGACUUCAUCGCCAUCAACGACUUCGACCACGACCAGUGGUUCUCGGUGCCCAACUUCCCGAUGGGCGACAUGUCCGAGGAGUCGAAGGAGACGAAGGGCAGCCCGUCGCCCGGGCCGCUGACGCCGCUCACGCCGCGCACGCCCGCCACGCCGGGCGACGCGCCGCCCGCGCCCCAGGCCGGCGGCGCCGACGAGCGCCUGCGCUCGCUGCUCACCAAGCCCGUGUCGGAGGCCUCGGUGGCGUCCGAGAACCGGCUGCUCAAGAACCUGCUCAAGCAGGAGGAGGAGGACGGCACGUCGAGCGAGACGUCGGCGCCGCACACGCCGCUGACGCCGCACACGCCCCACACGCCGCACACUCCGGCCGCGCUGUCGCCGCACCACUCGCACACGGCGGGCGCGCGCUCGCUGCCGCACCACCCGCACGCGCCGCAUGCGCCGCACGCCCCGCACGCGCCGCACAUGCUGCAGUCGCAGAUGUCCAUGUCGAGUGCGGCGCUGCACACUCUUCAGCCGCCUAUUAAUAAUGGUUCAGAAAUUUUAUCACGGAUAUUGCACACGAAUUCAGACGAAGACGCUGAAGAAAAUAGGAGAAAUUGUCAAGACGGGAAUCGGCCAUCACAAGUGUCGCAACCUAGUGCGCUGCUAACCCAGCUUUUGGCAAACGGGCCGUCGAAUAAUGGCCGCUCCACAGACCCCGAGCGAGAUUACCUCCACGAGAGGCUUCAAGGAGUUAAACGUAAAUUUGAGGAGAAUAAAGGUUGCCCUACGAGUAAUGUGAAAAGGCCGACUUCUGAGGCUCAGCAGGUGAGCUCUAGUGCGGUGUCAGCGUCACCCACAUGCUCGUCCUCGGCGACGUCGCCGUCGACGAGCAGCGCCGGCAUGAGCCCGCUGUGCGCCAAGAACCAGAUCCUGGUGUCGCUGCUGGCGCGGCAGCAGACGUCGCCCACCACGCCCAUGCCGCUGCCCAACGCGCUGCGCGGCUUCCCGGCGCAGCGGCCGCGCGCGCCGCCGCCGCUGCCGCGCCACCAGGCCACCGUCUCCAACAUGCUCGCCGCUAACAGCAACAGCCGACCGAGCAGCGUGAACGGCGGCAGCGGAGGGUCGGCGCUGGAGUGCGCGCCCGGCCUGGCGCAGAGCCACCUGCAGCUCGUGCUGCAGGGCGCGCCGCGCGGCUACCCCGCGCCCGCCGCGCACGCGCCGCCCGACCCGCCGCACUACGCCAGCACCGCGCCUCUGCUGCAGCACGCCUACAACAACCAGCCGCAAAGCGGCAGCAGUCGGCAGGGCGAGCGCGGCGACAGCGAGGUGCCGUGCGGCGACAGCAUGCUGUCGGCCAUCCUCGACGAGUUCAUCGAGAACAUGCCCGACGCCGACCGCAACGCGCCCGACGGUAUGAAAGAUAGCAAAGCUAUGAUCAAUGCAAUAAGACAAAGUCUUAUGCAGUGUGAAACCGUCACCAAGAGCCCAGUGUCGACCAGUCCCGGACCGCCGCCGCCUGUGUACUCCGUACAAAAUUUGGGCGGGGGGAGCAUGAGCGGCAGCAACGCGGCAAUGUAUAGCAUGAGCGGCGCGGGCGUGGACCCGGCGCGGCGCGUCGGCGACCAGCAGCAGCAAAAGGCGCGCCUGCUGCAGCAGCAGUUGCAGCAGCAGAUGCUCGUGUCACGCGAGGCGGCCGAGCAACCGCAGGCGGACCUCGGCUCGGCGCUCGUGACGGGCGCGCCGCCCAAUGUCACGCUGCAGCGCACCCCCGACUAUCACCGAUUGUAUAUAUCCCCCACUAAUCAAUUGGGAUCAAAUUAUGGUACAAAUAAAAUAACUUCGACGCAACAAAACCCGAUGCUAUCUCAACAAUUAACCGGGUCGCGGUACAGCGCGGCGCUGGCGGCGCACUCGGCGGCCGCGCUGCACACGCCCAUGGCGCAGCAGCCCUACCACCGCGCGCCGCGCCCGCAGCCGGUGGGCGGCUACUACGACGAGGGCGCCGGCUACUGCGGCGAGUACGCGCACGCGCGCCGGCCGCCGCACGCGCCGCACGCGCCGCACGGCCCGCACGGCUCGCACCCCCCGCACGGCCCGCACGCGCCCAUCUCGCCGCACACGCCGCACCAGGUGCACCCGCCGCCCCAUGACCAGGUCUUGUCAUGCGCGGGCGGCGCGGGAGGGGCGGGCGGCGCAGGAGGGGCGGGCGGCACGUCGGAGUACGUGCGCAACGAGCUGCGCGCCGUGGUGGGCGCGCGCUCGGCGCGCCCCGACCUGCACCCGCACCUCGCGCCCGACCUCGACCCGCUCAUGAGCUUCGACAUGUCCGCGUCCGGAGGUGGCGGCAGUGUGGUGGGGGGCCGCGCGGGCGCGGCGGCGGGCGCACAGAGUGCGUGGGAGUCGCCCCAGACCACCCCGAAUACUACGGAGGCGGGCUCGGCGGAGGCGGCGGUCCGCGGUGAUGAGGCGCCGGCGACCUCGGGCGGCGGGCGCACGCCGGCGGCGGCCGCGAAGGCCUCGCUGCUGCAGAAGCUGCUCUCGCAGUGACUCUCACUCGCUCCCACACUCGCUAAAGUUGCAUUUAUUACUUUAUCGAUCCUUCGGGUGGACGAUACUCGACGAUACUUAAAUUCCAUCGUAACGAACGUCGUCGUUCCCGGUUACGGUCUACGCGGUACCUCUACGGCUGUAAAUCUCGCGGCGCGAGAAUAUUCAUAGUACACGUAUUUAUAGAACGUCUUAUAAUUAUGUCGAUAUGUAGUCUAGUAGUGCUAGUUAUAUAUGGAGUUGUAAAAAUCGUUUUGUUGAUGAAAUAUUUUUGUCUUGAGUUCUUUGAGAACGUUGUUUAAGAUUGAUCUUUACAUUUCUAUGAGUAGUUUUUUUUUCGAACGAGAUUUUAGUUCGAGACGAAUUAAGAUGGUAGCUUCCUGCAAUGGAAAAAAUAGUUUUACAAUGUACUCGUACGCCUAGUACAUACGUCAUUUACAAUAGAAAUGUACCGUGUGCAAUAUGGUAUAGAUUUAAAAUCAUAUAAGGCGUUGUGAACGUUUAUGUAAUAUAGUAUGAAAGUCAGAUGUUACCUGUUAUGACAAAGUAAUUUGUAUUAUAGUAUACUAGAGAUUACAGAGUGAGUUUUAGGAAGUGGAAUUACACUAAGUUUGUAUAAUGAAAAUAGACUAGAAAUUGUACCAUAAGAAUACAUUUUUGUUCCUUGUGUAAUAAUUACCGAGACAUGACUCCAAAUGAUUAAAAUAAAAUGUUGUUGGUCCUAAAACUCAUUCUGUGUUCAUAAUGAGACAUCAAGUGAAACAAAGAAUAAUAAUAAUGAUGGCGUGUAAAUACUGUGUUGUUAAAUUAAUUAUAUAUAGUUAUGUUGCUUUAAUGUAAAUAUUUUUUUAAUUCUUUGUGUUUCAUGUGCCUAUGGUAUAUUUAAUUUUAUGUUAUUCUCGUACAUUGUUUUCUUUAUCAUUGCAUUGCUUUAUUUAUAAUUUGACAACUAUUCAGACUUGUAUUCUAAUAAUGUUUUUAUUAUAUUGGUUGGUAGUCUUGUGCUUGUAUAUAAUGUAAGUCUUUCUGGAAAUAUUGUUAGCCCCCUAGUGCAAGAUCGUCUAUAGUUUACAUUUAAAACAUCGCGAGUGUUAUCGAAUAACAAUAGUGGCAACGCUAGCAAUCCUAGUUAGAUCUCUAGGAAAUUGUUAAGAUGGAGGACACUGGGUAGAGUGGGCAGGAUGUGUGGAACGACCGGCGUGCCGCGCUAGUAUAAGUAAUGUGCUGAACGAUGUGUCGAAGCGUGAACAACGUCGAUAUUGCAUGUCAACUAUUGUACAUACAGCUCCUGUUAAAUGCACAAAUUGAAUUUAAUGUGUGAACUACUUUAAUUAAGUAAUUGUCGACCGUGUAGAACUUUAGAUUAAAGCACAACGUUGUAUAUUUCUAUAUUUGGCAAAAGUUAAUUUCAAUUUAAAUCAGACUUUCGCCCUUCUUUCAUCGAAAAAUUAAUCAAUAUAUAACAUUAUAAUUCACCAUUUCUUCAAUUUUAGUGAACAAUUAUAAUAACAAAAAGGGCACUGAAAUUUUAAUGUUUGUAAAAUAUAUCAUAGUGCUCCUAAUAGCGGUCUCAAAUGUACAAUAUAUGAAAAUUACAUUUAAGAUAACUAAUUUUAUUCAAAAUUGUACAGACGUUAUUCACUAACUCGAACACUCGGGACCAUAACAGGCUGGACAACGCAACCAUAGUUCCGCUCCCCGGUCGUCGCCGCCGGCUCCGCCUGGAGGCAAGCCGGCGACUCACGACUCUAAUCUUACGAACUAUUGUAGCUCAAGCGGCUCAACUACUAUAGUCUUCGAUGUCUGAUACCCGCGACACAACAUUGGCGAAUGACAAUAAAUCAAACGAAUCUAAAUAAGGUAUGUACUUAAAUAGACUUGGGGGUACCAACAUUUUAAAUGCAUGAAUCCUACCGUUACUUUGCAGACUUACUCUUUUAAAGCGACACACUAGAAGCGAGUAGCACGUAGAAUCACGACAAAGAGUAUUGUGAUGUUUUAAGAUUUUACCUAACUAAUGAGUAACGUACAAAUAGUCUGUAGAAAAUAUCCAUAAACCAAAACGAGUAAUGUGUAUAGGAUAAGAAUAUUUUUCUACCAAUGAAAAGUACCAUAGUUUGGAAAUGUAGACUACUGACCAAUUUGUUUGUGAAAGUAGUUUUGGGGAAGGGCACAUCCGCUCGGUUAGCGCAGCGAUCAUCGCACUACACCGGCUUACCAUAGCUAGCUAGCCGUAACGAUAUCUACAUCUGGGACUAUGAUUACUGCAAGUGAUUUUUUUAUUUCCUCAUAAAAUUAUUAGAUAAGAUUUGUUUUAUGUACUAAAGAUAAAAGAAUAUAGCAAUAUUUCUAUUCAUUCCAUUUAUUUUAAGGGGGAAAUGUCAGAUAUAUAAAUAUCAAAUCAAUAAAGUACAAGUGAUGGCCUUUUAAUAUGACAACAUUUAACUGUAAUAGAUGAAGAUUAGUCAGUCCACCUACAUGCAUAUAUUUACAUACGGAAUAUAUGGACUUAUCGGAUCGCUAGAAGGAACUGCAUGAAAUGCCGUCACUUAUUUACGUCAUGACGCGAAUAAUUGUACACUAAAGUUAUAUUUUUUGCAGAUUUACGCUAACAUAGUGAAUACCUCAUAUUGUCUCAUAAAUAAUCUGAAGACACGUCCAUACACCACAAGCAGUUGAAUAUGUACGUUGAAAAAAUGUAAAUAAAUAGAUGCAGCAAAUACAUGAGUAACAUAGGUGCCUGGAAUUUAAAAUAAAUAAAAGAUAUUUUUUCUAAGCAUCCAAACAAAACGAUAAAUUUUGAUAUCGAAUAGCUACAUUAAUAAAUUUACGUACUUGUAUGAAAUGCAAGUAAAAUUAUAGUAAGCAGCGGUUAGGCAAAAUUAAGAUUUUCAUUCAUAAUCUAUAUCUGUAACUCUAGGUUUAUAAACUCCGGAGAAGUGAGAAUGGGCUUAAUAAUUAUAUACGAUUGUCGGUGAUUUGUAUGAAAACUGGUAAUAAUAUAAACGUUUAGUGCCCAUCACACAUGAACCAGGGGAACCUGUCUUCCAGUUCUUAGCGAUGGAUAUUAAAUAUAUCACUUGCGUUGAAUGGGCUUCAUAUCCAGAGUUACUUCGAAUAGCUUACUUUUCAUUCUUCACAUAAUACUGAAAUAAUUGGCAUCUAACCAAAGGUCAUCGAAAAUAUAUUCCUAACAUAUAAAUAAUGUAUUUUGGUAAAGGAGAUUUUAAUGUUUAAAUGGGCUUUAAGAAUAUAUGAUUAUAACUAUUAAUCGUGUAUAAGCAGUGUUAGAAUGUUAAUUGUCUUGGUGUUUUGGAAUGAAUUCACUGCAUAAAAUAUUCGAUUUGACUAAAAUAUACAUAAAUCCUUUCACAGCUGUUUAAAAUACAAAAUUAACUUUGUACUACAAAUGUUAUAGCAAUUGAUCUAGUUUAUGCACUUAAACUUUUGUUACUUUCAAUCCACGGCCAUUUACAGGAUGACGGUCCCUAUUGUAAAAAUAUUAUAUGGGAUUUUGUAAACUAUUUUACUUGAAAAGUAUAUCAUGAAAUUCAUGAAUGAAGCUUUUUGAUUGGAAUAUAUUAUAAUGUUUUUUAAUUUAAUCUAGACUAUGCAUCAUCUAUUACCACAGAGUAAAUCUAAAUUAGAGAUGCAUUUAAUAGGGUCCAAAUUUUCCAUCCAAAAUAUCAGAAAUAUAAAUUCGGAUUGUAAGUUAAUGACGUCAUCGUUAAUAGACACGUUGCUGCACCUAAUUUACUCUGUGGAAAAGACCUCUGAUUAUCACUGAGCAUAUUGCGUCCGAAACAUUGAUGAGUACGGGAAUCUUUGUUUCAAAGGGAAAACAUAAUUAGUUCCUCAGAUUUUGAUUCCGUUAUUUAUUUAUUACUUACAGUGUGUUUUUGUAUCACUAUUAUUUAUAAUCAAAGAAUAAGGAGUUAACAUGCGCGUGAUAAUAUUUAUAAUUAAAGGAUGACAGUUGCUAACACAAUGAGGUCUAUUCCCGUACAAGAAUGAUUUUAUUUUUUGUAUAAAAUCUUACCUCUUGUCUUGGCCUGUCGUCUGUGAACAAAGGAUGUUUCCUUCCGUUGUGGAUAUUUCUAAGGAUAAAUACAUUAGUGUAAAAAGCUAAUUAUGUUUUUCUAAGAAUACGCAAAGUGGUUUUAGGUGUUGGUCAGUCGCAGAAAGGAUUAUUGCGAACGUGAGCGUUAGUUUAGAAGCGCACUGUAUGCGGCAGUGGCGAGCAGCGGAUACGGGUCCUGUACAGGUCGGCGCGGCUGCACUAAAGUUUGACAUUACCCUCUAAUACACAACUAGUCUUGUUCGGGCAAUCAUCGUUUUUGCGAGUGGCCGUUAAGUCUGUGUUAUUUAGUUCUUCAGAUGUUAGAUUAAGGCCUCUUGUGUUGCUGUGCAUUUCUAAGCAUUGUAUGUAUGUAUGUUUAUAAUAUUGUAAAUAGCUAAAAUACAUUAUAUUUUUACGACUAGCAUACGCAACCAAAGUUGUUAUAAAGUGAUGGUUGAUUAAAUAAUAAAUUUAAAUAAAAUAGGUCGUUAUGUUUAUUUUAGGAAAAGAUACAAAUAAACUGUACAGUUGUAUAUGGGUACAUCCAAUGUCUCGUUGAAGCCUUUUACACAACCGCCCUGAUAUUAGUAAAAUCGAAUUUAUUAUUUUUUGGUAUAAAAACGGUUAAAUCUAAAAGGAAUAUAAAUUAUAAAUAAAAUUAACAGAAAUAAGUAGUGUAUGAGUGUGGCUUAAGCUCGUUUUGUUCCUAGUGACCUAGCUUGUUCCAGUACAUAUUACUUCUCGGCAUUUGUCAAUUAAUGAACCUUGACGCAUUUUGCUGUCUCCGAGAUAAAAAAAAACAGUAAAAAUAUAAUUUUAUUCCUUGAAAAGAUCAGGCAUUAUGAGUACAUUACAUUAAUUUAAGUUGUAUUUUUUGUACAUUUUAGAUUCGAAAUAUAUUAAUAUCUAAAAGAAAA